UCUCAGAACGUCCAUUCCUUGUAUUCUUUGCGUUGUGCACUUGGGAUUGAUCGACUAAAACUGAUUGACUGGCUAACUCACUGACUGUUCUCGUUGCCCACGGCUACUUCUCCCUACACGCUCUGUUCUCUAUCACAAUUGGCUCUACACACUUACUCACCCACUUGUUCACUCUCAUCUUUUUCACAGGAAACUCUCCACAACGAGCUCGCCUUACUCUACUCCAAGUCUACCUACCAUCGCCCAACGGCCACCAUGACGCCUAUCUCGUAAACGCCCCCUUCUGAAUCUCCUACCCGCUUCGAGUGUAUCUACGCACCGAACCUCCUCCAUCUCUCCGACGUCCGAGCGCGCUUGACAUCCGUCAUGUCUUCAAACACAAGGACCGCAAAAAUACAGAUCCCAAGGCUCGAUCGGCGCGAGAAUCCAGACAGGGCUGCUGCUGAAUCCAGUAAAAGCCGCGUCCCUCGUGCUUGCCUAGCCUGCCGUUCGCGCAAAGUCAAAUGCAAUGGCGCAAGGCCUGCGUGCAAAAACUGCGAGGAUUCCAAUGUCUCAUGUGUCUACUCGUCGAGCCGGAAGGAUCGUUUGAAAACAGCUACCUCGCAUAACCAGCAUCUACUAAACCUCUUGAGAGACCUUAAGCACCGCGUUGAUAGCGACAGCAGGACACGAAUCGAGGAAGCACUGGCAUCUAUCACGGACGACGUCACAGAUGCAGCCCUUGCAACUGGUACACCAGAUACACAUCGUACGCCAGCAGUUCCUCCUGAGGACCGGUCGGAUGAUGAGCGAGGGGAAGCAAACGUUUCCGCCGAAGUCGGUUCCGACGAAGAUCUUGACUUGGUCGAUGAGGAUUUACUACGCGACCAGCAAUCUCGGGCAACGGGAUUCGUGGGUAAGACUAGCGAUAUUCAAUGGCUUCGCCGCCUGGAUCACGAGACCAAACAUGGACCCCGCGACACAUCGUCUGGUCCAUAUGGCCCCCCAGGUUCAAGUCAUCGGGCUUCUCUUGAGCGGGUAAAGGCCAUGAAGAAACGCAAAGAGAAGGAUCCAGAUCCUAAGGCGGAUACGAGUAGCUUGAGCUAUUACUUGGACGACCAGCCUUUCGAUCUGGACUAUUUGGUUGACGCUUGGGAAUUGCCCCCCUUCGCCACUGCAGAACGACUCCUGAAUUGCUACAUGACAAGAGUUCACGAUACCUUUCCCAUUGUGGCCAAGAAAGCUCUUGUUGGCCGAUUCUAUCAAUACUAUGCAUCGGUGGGCCGCGGUCAGGUACAGAAGAUACCUCAGCGCUGGCAGGGUAUGCUCAAUAUCAUAUUCGCAAUCGGAGCCGUGUACUCCCAUCUCGCAGAGGAGCAUUGGCGAGCAGAUGAUAGAGAUCACCUCGUCUACCAUUCAAGAGCAUGGGCUCUUACUCUGAAGGAUCCUUGGUGGUUUUCUCACCCGGACCUGCCACAGCUCCAGAUAAAUGGAUUGCUGGCAUUUUAUUAUCUAGCCAUAGGGCAAGUCAAUCGGUCGUGGAUGGUCAGUGGCAUGGCUGUACGAUCGGGCUUCGCCCUUGGACUGCACCUUCGUAAUGAAGAUCGUACAGCUACGGCUGUAAAGAAGGAGAUAUUGAGGCGUGUCUGGUGGGGCUUAUACUCGCUUGAGAGUGCACUCUCCAGUCUCACCGGAAGGCCUAGCGUUGCCUUCGCAAGCCACAUCUCUAUUCCCUUACCACUACCACUUUCCACGGAGGAAAUCGAUGAAGCUAUAAUUCUAACGCGCUUUGGGGGAAACACCACUGCGACUGAGAGUCCGGAGCAUUUGCUUGGAGAUACCCAGGCCAAUACAACAACCAAUUCUAUUCCAGGCACCACCAAGGCCAGGUCAGAGCCGACGAAUUCAGGAUCAUAUCUCAAAGCCACAGCUAAGAUCAGUAUGAUCAUGCAGAAGUCAUUAUCAGUGUUGUAUUCGCCCGAUGCUUCCACGAAGUCAUGGGAAGACGCGCAGAAUAUGAUAGUCCAGUUGAACGAACAGCUCGAUAUCUGGGCGGCUUCCCUACCCCCGGGGUUCGCCUUUGAAAGCGACAAUCUCAUCCCUCACCAUCGAGAUCGAAGUAUUCUCGAGAUGAGUUAUUAUGGCGCUAGAAUUAUGAUAAAUCGGCCAUGUCUAUGUCGCCUCCACCGCCACAUUGAGCACCAAAGCCAGGCAUCAGAUGAUUUCAAUCGCAGAACGGCUGAAUUAUGCGUCAAGUCGGCAACAGAUAUCGCUGACUGCCUCCCAGACGAUCCGGACUUAGAUCGUGCCAGAAUCUAUCGAGUUGGUCCUUGGUGGUCCAUGGUACAUGUCAUCAUGCAGGCGCUUACAAUACUCUUACUCGAACUGGCCUAUAAUGUCACCAUAGAAUAUGGUCAGAAAGAGAUCAUCAAGCCACUGAGAAAGUUACUGCAGUGGCUAAGGGCAAUGCGUGCAACUAACACGAUGGCCGAGAAAGCUCAUGGUAUCUCAGUCACUUUGUUGAAAAGAUUGGAAUCUCGUAUCGACGUUGAUAUUACCGAUAUGAUAGAAGAUGUUCAAAAGUCUCCAGCGCGCACGUCGUCAAUCUCCACUGAUCGUGCUGAGGGUUCGGAGAACAUGCCAAUGCCAAACGCCUCAGAUUCUGGUGAUCGUGAAAGAUACCAUUCUAACACCCGUCACACACUCGAGCCAACAUCGGAAUUCCUCUUUGAGGACCAAAUCGCCUUCCUUGGACCGAAUGAAAGCGAGACAUCCGCGUCAUCCGAUUAUUUUGUUCGAUCAUUUCCACAGAAUACGGCCUUCACAAAUUUGUUCGUAACCGUAUACGACGAACAAAAUCCGUUUCCAUUUACGGAAGGAGAAUUCGUAUUGGAAGACCUUGAUAUCACCGCUCAGAAUCAUUCAUAUACUCAUUUCCCAAGUAAUAUGCAAGACUCUGACCGAUUUCCAAAUUGAAAUGGAUGGGAAAUAUCACGUUUUCAAACCCUCUACUGUAAGAGUAUAGGAGAAAGAGAAUUUUGAAAAUUACAGCGUCGAGCAAGAGUGGAGCUCUAUGAGAAGAACGGGAUACAUAACUGUCAAUACAGUUUGAUAAUGUGCAGUGUUGACCAAAGCACAGAACCCAUAAACACACACAGAGCUGAUCUCAGAGCAGCUAGGCAGUUGCUCAUGCUCAAUCUAGUAGCAAAUAUUGGAGCGAUAGUAUAGUCUGUCAAUAUGAAAGACUCGUUGCUAAAACGGCCAACAGUCAACAUUCU